CUUACAUCCACUACUCAGGAGUCCACAAAAGAGAGCCUCAGAUUCGAUGAUCCUCUAGGACACCGAAUUAUUAUUCCCUUGCCUUCGCUGCUUAGGACAUCUGCCCCGCAACAAAAGACCAGCUCAGAUGCAGAUCGUUCCCAUAACCGAAAUGCUCAGCCUCCUCGGCAAAGUUUACACUAAUUCAGUGACCAUCAACCCAUAAUUGACAGCACUUCUUUGACCAGACCUGCAAUGGACUUGCUCGUGGAGGGGUUACGGUCUCCACUGGUGAACAUGUACGAUGAUGUACUUGCCGACUUCGCAUGACGCGCUUCAUCUAGCAAUACGGCACACACGUAAUUGGUCCGAUAAUGCCUCAAGAAAGAUGGAUCCAGAAUAGUUGUAGGAAUUCCGUUUAUUGGAGGAAGCUAAUGCCAUAAAUCAUAGCCACAUGUCUGACCAGGCUAUAUAACGUGGGUUGUUGCGCAAAUCUCGACAAAGACCUGGUGAAACACCCUCAGCCCUACAAGUGAAGUAAUAACAUCCAGAAUAUAAUACAUAAAAGGCAAAAUGGGCCGCUACUCACGUGAGGAGAUUGACUUUUGGAGGGCGAAAUUCAGGGAGAUUAACACCGACGGUGACCGUUAUAUCGAACCUAAAGAGCUUAUUGCAGCUGCUAGAAAAGAUGGUCUUGAUAUGAGCGACAAGGAGGCCGAGGAAUGGAUUGGCGACCUGGACGAGGAUCAUGAUGGUAAAGUCUCAUUUAGCGAGUUCAUCAAAGCGUUUGGCGAAAGAAUGGAGAAUAAGUGAUCUCCGGUCCUUUUCUUAUAUUAUGUUUCCAUGGAGGCUUUACUAUCAAAUCAAGCAGUCAGUCCAGUCAGUAGCUUUAUAGUAUCUGUACUGGCCUAUGGCUAUUGUAGCUGGAGUGCU